AUGGCCAAGACGAAUACGAGGUGGGUUCGCAAGGCGAAAGGCAAAAUAGAGCCAGACGACCGAAUGGAGAAAACCCUUUUCGGUGUUACUCAGGCUGACCGUGUCGCCGUGUCGCAAUUGCCCCGUCUGGUUGCCGUCAGCCAGUGCGCAACGCGGCUCGGCACCGAAGAACAGGUGUUGAUGACCAUUCCGACCUUGAAUCACACUUUUGCACCCCAGACAGCAAUUGCGAGGGUGACACAUGGUGUGCAUGCAGCCCAUCCCUGCGAGGUGCAGCUGACAGUGGCACGAGCUGAGCUGAGCCUCGUUUGCCAGCCUGUCGGCAAGCAUGUGACGGUAUACGACUCUGACUUGCAGCAACAACAGCAGCAGCCGGAAUAA